AUGACUGAAAAAUCUAUUGAAUCCUCUGGGACGAAAUUAGUUCCCAUUUUUGUUCAAUCUGAAGGUGUUUUUAAUGCAGGGAUUAGUCUUACUAAAUCUAAUUAUGACGUUUGGUCCCAACUGAUGGAGAUGCAUAUUGCUGAAAGGGAAAAACUAUCCUAUAUUCGUGGCAAGACUAAGCCACCUGCUGAAUCAGAAGAUGGUUAUGAUAAGUGGUAUGCCGAAAAUCAGAAAGUGAAGCGGUGGCUAUUAAUGUCCAUGACUCCAGAAAUUAUGAAGCGUUAUUUAUGCUUACCUACUGCCCGUGAAAUCUGGAUUUCUCUAUCAAAGGCUUUUUAUGAUGGGAAUGAUGAGUUGCAAGUUUUUGCCUUGAACCAAAAGGCCUUCACCGCCAAACAAAAGGGAAAAUCUCUCUCUGAAUGUAUGGAGAGCUCACUGAAGUUUUCCGAGAAAUGGACCAUCGAGAUAAAGUGGUCAUGA